UGUGGUCAGUCAAAGACAGAGACAGGCUUUGUUUUUCCGUUUUGUUCCAUUUUUCCUGUUCCUUGAUGUCCUUUUUUUCUUUCUGUCUGUCUUUCCUUCUUUCUUUCUUUCUGUCUUUCUUUCUUUCUUUCUGUCUUUCUUUCCUUCUUUCUGUCUUUCUGUCUUUCUUUCUUUCCUUCUUUCUUUCUUUCUUUCUUUCCUUCUUUCUUUCUUUCUUUCUGUCUUUCUUUCUUUCUUUCUGUCUUUCUUUCCUUCUUUCUGUCUUUCUUUCCUUCUUUCUGUCUUUCUUUCCUUCUUUCUGUCUUUCUUUCUUUCUUUCUGUCUUUCUUUCUUUCUUUCUGUCUUUCUUUCCUUCUUUCUGUCUUUCUUUCCUUCUUUCUGUCUUUCUUUCUUUCUUUCUUUCUGUCUUUCUUUCUUUCUUUCUUUCUGUCUUUCUUUCUGUCUUUCUUUCUUUCUUUCUUUCCUUCUUUCUGUCUUUCUUUCUUUCUUUCUGUCUUUCUUUCUUUCCUUCUUUCUUUCUUUCUUUCUUUCCUUCUUUCUUUCUGUCUGUCUUUCUUUCUUUCUUUCCUCCUUUCUUCCUUUCAUUCUCUUUCUUUCUUUCCUUUGUCCUUCAUUUCUUUCUUUCUUUCCUUCUCUUUCUUUCUUCCUUCUUUCUUCCUUCCUUUCUUUCUUUCUUUCUUUCUGUCCUUCUUUCUUUCCUUCCUUUUUCCUUUCUUUCUUUCCUUCUUUCUUUCUUUCUUUCCUUUUUCCUUCCUUUCUGUCUUUCCUUCUUUCUUUCCUUCCUUCUUUCUUUCUUUCUUUCUUUCUUUCUUUCUUUCCUUUGUCCUUCAUUUCUUUCUUUCUUUCCUUCUCUUUCUUCCUUCUUUCUUUCUUUCUUUAUUUCUUUCUUUCUUUCCUUUCUUUCUUUCCUUUUUUCUGUCUUUCUUUCUUUCCUUCUUUCUUUCUGUCUGUCUUUCUUUCUUUCUUUCUUUCUUUCUUUCCUUUUUCCUUUCUUUCUUUCUUUCUUUCUUUCCUUCUUCCUUCCUUCCUUUCUGUCUAUCUUUCUUUCUUUCUUUCUUUCCUUUGUCCUUCAUUUCUUUCUUUCUUUCCUUCUCUUUCUUUCUUCCUUCUUUCUUUCUUUCUCUCUUUCCUUUCUUCCUUUCUUUCUUUCCUUCUUCCCUCCUUCCUUCCUUCCUUCCUUCCUUUCUUUCUUUCCUUCUUCAUUUCUUUCUUUCUUUCUUUCUUUCUUUCUUGCUUUCUUUCUUGCUUGCUUUUUUGCUUUCCUGCUUUUUGACUAUGCAGAGAUGUUUCUCUGCCAGAGAGUGUGAACGCAUUCAUUUCAAGUCAAUAUUCAGAAAAAGAAAAAAAAGUGAAAAUAAUAAAAUACCACGGAGAAAGGGAAUGAGCUUGAGCUUAGGCUAUUGUCGUUUUCCCUUUAAUCGAUCACAUUUAAUUGAUUGAUUCAUGGCUUUUGCUUUAAGCUCGAAACGCUUUGGAACUGAAAUACUUGGCAAGCGGCAUGCUGUCAGCUGGUGUCACAUGUUUCUCCCUCUGAAAUAAUGCCAUCUCCUCUUCAUUUCUGCCAUUGUGAAACAGAUGUCAUCGUUCCUGAGUUGUGCCUGAUGUUAUUAUUCCAGAACGGGGCUUAAGGAUGUGGAAAUGUCUGACAAUCUCAGCAAGACGAGGAGUGUGGAGUGAUACACACAGUGCUGUUAAAGUAAAGAAAAGCACUCUCAGAACGCCGCUCACCCAAUCAGAUUAGUGGACCGGAACCAACUUUACCAACUAUAAAGACCUGGAGAACAUGAAUUCUAGAGAACAACAUGGUAAGUAAGCUCCUUGUCUAAAUGUUUAUGGGCUUUCUGUCCUCUUUGGCUGUGUGCUUUUGUUUGUGACAGUGUGCUCUGAUGAUUUGGCCCUGAACAACCAUCAGGGCUGCCCUUUAAUUGAAGAUUCUUCUGAUCCAGGUGGCUCCAGCAUCUCCAAGUCUUCAUAAGUAAGUCAGCAUUCAUAUCAAGCUCAAAACGGUGAACUGACCCAGGCCAUUGGACUGGAGCACUCAGUGCUGACUUCCUGUUCACUGGGUCAGAUUCGUGCUCCCACGGGGCUUCUCUAAGCUAACUCUAACUCUAACCCUAACCCUUAGGUACUCUGCAUCCCCUACAGUGUGUAAUUGGCAGGUGCUAGUUGCAAAAAAAAAAAAAAAAAGCAAAGCAAAGCAAUGCACACCUUCGACGGUACACUCAGUGCAUGACUUCAGCAGGUGGAAUUUGUGAUGUGAGACUCAAACUCAAGGAGCGUAAACAGAUACAGAAUCCUGGUUUUAGAAAAUCUGUUUCUUUCAUCUAAAAAUGAAUUGAAACCCUAUCAAUCGUGCUGUAGAGAUCAUUUCACGACACGAGCACCAAACUCCACGUCUUCCUCAAGGAGAUGUGACGCCAGGUUAGCCGUGUAGAGUAAGUUGCCAUGGCGAUCUAUGCAGCUAAAAAGAUCCUGUGUUGUGGGAUAGUCCUCAGGACUGAGGUAAGAACUGAACACAAAAACAGAGUGUAAAAAUGGCAGAUCACGGGUGAACACGAUGACUAAUCCAGACAUCCCAACCUGCAAAAACUCAUCUCAGGGAGGUGGCUUCACUGGCCACACAGCGUUCAGAUGCUCUCUUCGACGUUUAGAUGAAAGAUCUACCACUUUGUAUUUGGGGUAGGAUAUCGUAGCUGUCUCAGCCCAUGAAAUUGCUUAUUGUUUGCAGGUUUUGAUAGCAAUUUUGUUGUCGAAAUAAUUAUUAAGCCAAUGAAACGCAAACAUGCACAAGUUUGCA